AUGAGUGAUGAGCGCGACGCGACGGUGUUGCAGGCCUUCGCAGCCGCUGGUGGCGAUGACAAGACUUGCGUGCGCUUCUUCGCUCGCAACGGAUCCAUGCCCAGCUGCUACGCGCUUGGAUGGUGGGCCGGUGUCAUUGCGCGCGAGUAUAUCAAAUCCAUCGCACUUCUGAAGAACUGGGGCGGCGUGGACGUUGUGGUGGUGAAGGACACCAUUGCAAGGGAGGUCAUACGCGACUGCCUGCUGCGGCGUGGCGUCUGUGUCGAGUACUACGAGCGGCCGUCUGGUGGUAGUGGGCCGUACGCCUGCGUGCAGCGUGGCUCACCUGGGCACAUCACAGACUUUGAGGCAACACUAUUCGCAUUUGAGGAGGCGGAGAUUCAGCUCAUGGCAACAGGAGCAAUUGUGCUGGAGAGCAAUGGCACUGGGAAGGGCGUAGCAGCAGGUGGACAAGGCAUGCGAGUAGGAUUUGCCGCGUUAAACACCACACUGCGGACAUUGACGUACGCGGAGUACCUUGACACGUUGCAGCUGAGCAGCCUCGACGCGCUGAUGGCACAGUGUAACUUGAAAGAACUCUUGUACGUUGGCAAUAGCAGUGGUAAGGCAACAGCAGCCGGACAGGAGGAGUCGCUGCGCACGGUAAAGCAGCUCUGUGAGCGGGCCAACAUUACAUACCGCGAGUUGGGACGAGAUGGUGCCAUCUCAUCGCAGAACCAGAGGCAACAAGAGGUGAAGCGCGAGGGUGGUGUGGUGAAGGGCAACUCUCUUAGCGCACUUGACGACAUACUCCGCGUUCCGGAAGAUCGUCUAGUUCUAUCUCAGUAUCCCCUGGCAUCGCACGCGCUUCAGCAUCUCCUCUCUAGUAUGAUUGACCCGUUCGACACCACGAACCACCGUGCCUUCUACCUGAAGCACACGAUCCCUUCCACGUUCAUGAAACUGGACGCGGCUGCAAUUCAGGCGCUGCACAUUAUUCACCAGAAGCCAGAAGUGCGUGGCUCCCUCCCAACCUCUGUUUACUCAUGGUUAAACCGUUGCACAACUGGUAUGGGGUCCCGUAUGAUGCGGCAAUGGCUACUACAGCCGCUGCGCAAUACAGAUGAUAUUAAUCAACGUCUCUCCCUCGUUGAGAUGAUGGUGGAGAGCCCUAUCCUACGGGACGCCCUCAUCUCACAAGUCCUGCGGCGUUGCAGUGAUAUGGACCGUCUGAAUCGCAAGCUGCAGCGUCGUACGGUUGCUCUGAAAGACAUGCAGUCGAUUUUAGCCUUUGUCAACACUAUCCCACAGGCAGUGCAGGUGCUUCGCACACAUCAGGGUGGGCGAAAUGGUAAACUGCUGAUGGACGAAUACAUCGCUCCGUUGGAGGACAUAAACGAGCAUCUCUCCAACCUCCGAACCCUCAUUGGCGCCACCGUUGACCUAUCGGAUGAAAACACUGCACGUAUAAACCCCAACUUUGAUGAUGAUCUCAUCACACUGGAGGAGCAGCGGAGGGAGGUUGCCAAGUCCAUUGAAAAAGAGCACCAAAGUACAAUGAAAAGGUAUGAGUGGACGGAGAAGCAGCUAAAGUGUGAGUACCACACCACAUACGGAUAUGUAUUUCGUGUCUCGCGCAAGGAGGACCAGCAGGUGCGUGCGAACGACGAGCUCAUCACAGUUAGUACCUCCAAGGAUGGUGUGCGGUUCGUGUCGGAGAGACUCUCCACGUUGAGUGAACAGUAUAAGGGCAUUCGCAAGGAUUAUGAGGCACGACAGCAAGACCUUAAGCAGAAGCUUGUAGACACUGUUGUAACGUAUUUGCCCGUCCUCGACGACGCGAAGGAGUUAAUCGCGGCACUGGAUGUUUUUGUGGCUUGGGCUCUAGUUGUGAAGGACUCCCCACAAUCUAUGGUCCGUCCAACAGUUCGGCCUUCACCAACCGAAGAGGCCCAAUGCAACACUAAAAACGGCAGUGAGAGCAACAUCCUCACUAUUGUCAAUGCCCGACACCCGCUUGUUGAGAUCCGUCAACCAAGCUACACGCCGAACACUGUGCGGUUGUCGGAUGACGUCAAUGCCCUCAUCAUCACAGGACCUAACAUGGGCGGAAAAUCCACGUUUAUGCGCAGUGUUGGUAUAUGCGUUGUGCUUGCACAGGCCGGUUGUUUUGUACCUGCCGACUCUGCCGAUCUGACUGUGAGGGAUGCCGUCAUGUGCCGCGUCGGCGCGACGGACCACCUCGCGCAAGGCGUAUCAACGUUCAUGGUGGAAAUGUUGGAGUCUGCUGCCAUCCUUGCCGCCGCCACGCGUGACUCUCUCGCUAUCGUGGAUGAGUUGGGCCGCGGCACGUCCACCUACGACGGCUUUGGCCUCGCGUGGGCAAUCGCACAGGAGGUGGCAGUCAAGGCGAGGGCCGCACUGCUCUUCUCCACACACUUCCACGAGAUGACGCAGCUCGCAGAGAACCAUGCCAAUGUGUGCAACGUCCACUUUGGCGCGGACGUCAACACCGCCGAGGGGACGCUGCGCUUCUCGUACAAGCUCGAGCCCGGCCCCUGCGGGCGCAGCUAUGGGCUGUACGUUGCUCAGCUGGCAAACCUCCCCCAUGAAGUUGUGCAGGCAGCGAAGUGCAAGGCCACAGAGUUGGAGGACUUCGAGCAGGACGAGGGGCGCCAGCGGGCCCACGCACUUCUCACGGCUGCUACCGCAGACGUUGCGGAGAAAGUUGCGCGGUACGCGGCACGCAUACGUGAACUCGACGGGACGGCCGCAGAUGACCAGGGUGAGGCGGUGCGACAGCGCCUCCGUGUGGAAAUAAUGCAUGAUCCGCUGAUUACACCCCUCCUUGAGACAUAA